AGCGCAGGCAUUAGCGCCCCCCGGUGCGGGGCGCGGGCGGCUGGGCAUCCUCGGGCACGGCGGCGGGUGCUAGGAGCGCGGCGGGCGCGGAGCGGAGCGGCUCUAAGCUCCAGCCCUGCGCGCUCCGCCGCCCCUCUCUGCGCCGCCCGACCACGCCAUGAAGCCUGCGGUGCUGGAAGUAAUGAGGAUGAACCGGGUGUGCAGAAUGGUCCUGGUCACUUCCGUGGGCUCCUUCAUCCUCGUCAUCUUCUAUUUCCAAAGUAUGUUGCACCCAGUAAUGCGUAGAAAUCCAUUUGGGAUGGACAUUUGCUGCCGGAAAGGAUCCAGAAGCCCACUCCAGGAACUGUAUAAUCCCACCCAGUUGUCCAACACAGCAAUUCUUCAUCAGAUUAGACGAGACCAAGUGACAGACACGUGCCGAGCAAACAGUGUGUCUAGCAGGAAGCGCCGCGUGCUGACGCCCAAUGACCUCAAACAUCUGGUCGUGGAUGAGGAUCAUGAAAUGAUCUAUUGCUAUGUUCCCAAAGUGGCCUGCACAAACUGGAAGAGAGUCAUGAUGGUUUUGACGGGAAGAGGCAAGUACAGCGAUCCAAUGGAAAUCCCAGCCAAUGAAGCCCACGUGUCUUCAAACCUGAAGACCCUCAACCAGUACAGCAUCCCAGAGAUCAACCACCGCUUGAAAAACUACAUGAAGUUCCUCUUUGUCCGCGAGCCUUUCGAGAGACUGGUGUCAGCCUACAGGAACAAGUUCACCCAGAAGUACAACACCUCCUUCCACAAGCGGUAUGGCACCAAAAUCGUGAGGCGCCAGAGGAAAAACGCAACCCAGGAAGCUCUGCGUAAAGGCGACGACGUGAAAUUUGAGGAGUUUGUGGCGUAUCUCAUCGACCCUCACACCCAAAGAGAAGAGCCCUUCAAUGAGCACUGGCAGACUGUGUACUCCCUCUGCCACCCUUGCCACAUCCACUACGACCUCAUAGGAAAAUAUGAAACGCUGGAAGAGGAUUCCAAUUACGUCCUCCAGCUGGCAGGAGUAGGCAACUACCUGAAGUUCCCCACCUAUGCAAAGUCUACGAGAACUACUGAUGAAAUGACCACAGAGUUCUUCCAGAACAUCAGCUCCGAGCACCAAACGCAGCUCUAUGAAGUCUACAAACUUGAUUUUUUAAUGUUCAAUUACUCAGUGCCAAGCUACCUGAAGUUGGAAUGAGGGAUGGGUUGGGGGGAGAGAGGGGAGAGAAAGCCUGUUUUAUUUAAGAUUUUUAUUUGUCAUAAUAAAUAUGGAGAAUGGGUUAUUUUGUAAAUUAAUAUUUUCUUUUUGUUUGUUUGUUUUUGAAUGAUGCUGCGAGCAGCACAGUCAAAAUUAUUUAAAUCAAUUGUAAGAAAGGACAGCUCUCUUUGCAGGGUAACAGGAUUGUGACGAUCUAGCUGUAGAAAUGAAUAAUACUGCUACACUGUUUAAAAAACAAGAUGUUAAUUGUGUUCUGGUGAAUUUCAUUGAUCUUGCAUUCCUCCAAUUCUAAUUAAUGUUAUUUAUACUUAUUUAAAACAUGGUCUCUUGGUAGGUGUCACUUCAGCAGCAGAGAUAAGAUAACGUUUGGACAAUAGGAAACUGGUUUUGUGCUUUCCUCAGUUGAGCUUGUCUCUGGGUAAUAAUAUUCUUCCAUUAGCUAUUGAUGCAAGUAAAUACAGAAGUGGUUCUUGAUACUAAACACUUUAAGAAGAGUGGUGAAAAGAAUCUCUUCAGAAAGUGAUAUUGUACUCAGGCAUACUAAAAAAAUUCCUUCUAGCUGUGAAAAGGAAAAGUAAAACAGAUUUUGAUAGAUACACAAUAUCUAAAACCCAUAACUGAAAGAAAUGUGAAUGUAUUCUUUGGGAAGACAAACUAUGAACCUUUUGUAAGUCUGGACUUAAUGAGUUUAUCAAGAAUAUGACCAGUCCUAUUUUCUCUUAAUUUGAAGCCUGCCAGCCCAAAUGAUUACAGAUUUGAAGAAAGAAAAAGAACAGCGUUUUGAAAGUCACUGUAGAGAUUUUUGAAUGCCCAAAGCAAUUGGUAUUGAUUUAAUUCAUGUCCAGGACGGGGCUGUGGGAAGCUUAGUCCUAUGCAAGUCAUGCCCAACUGAUCUUAAGAUGGACAACCAAAAUUGGUUCAGGACAGCCUAUUGGUUCACCAGUUACAAUAUGUUGCUCUAGAGGAUGUGGGCAUGUAAUCUGAAAAGUCAGAAAGUCAUCUUUGUGUUGAUCUCUAAACAUGCAAGGCAAUAAAAAAAGUCUCAUCUUCCUACAUGCUGGUUUCAUGGCUGUUCCAUGGGGGAAGAGGGAGUCUUCUUUUUUUAGUUGAUGCCUAAAUACUAUUGUCAGGGAUGUUUAUAAUUUCCAGUGGGUUAGUAUUUCAUCUAAGUCAGUUCUAGUAUGAGCCCAUAACCUUUUACUUAAGAUGAAUGUCUCAAUAGCAGGGAUUGGGCAGAUUGUACCAGGCAUAGUGUACUGAGCAAUUGUUUUGGGCAAGCAAGUAGUAAUCUAUUCAUGGCAAAUAAAUAAUGAAAAAUGAGAUUUCAGUGUGGAUCCGUCAGCAAGUUGGUAAGCGGAAGUACAGGCUUCUCCAGGUGUUUGAUGCAGGUGAGGUGUACGGCCAAGGCGACCUGCCUGGGGAAUGGUCUGUAGCUGCCCCAAGCUGUGCUAUCCUUGGGUGACAGCGUCUGCAUUCAGCUCAUGGGCAAAAGGAGGCGGAGGCUUCAAUCAAGACACUUGUGGGAAUCUAACAUCAGUUUUAAAGUUGACUGAUGGUUAAAAUGGGGUUUUAAUUUGCCUGCUUGUCAACCUUAUGAUCAAACCCCAGUCCCUUCCAAAAAUUAGUGAAGCUUUAAAUAAACCCAGCUGAAGGCAGAGCUGUUUUAACAGUAUCAGAGCCAGAUCCUGAAAAUGCUGUAUUGUGCAAUAGCCAGUAAUAUCCAGUGAAUUACAUUAGUCUCCAGGACACAUAUCUGGUUAAAGAAGAAAAAUAGGUUCCAUCUUAUUUUAUAAAAAUAAGCCCCUGAAUAAAUCUCAGCGAAGAACAAAUUAACAUAACAAACAGCAGCUGAAGUCCUUUCGUGAUUGGAUUUGGUCUUAGUCAUGAUUCAGGUCCUUUCUUUUCUUUUAUCAUACCCUACAAAUCUCUCAUCCAUUCUGGAACAGCCACAGUUUUCAUAACCCAGGUCCUAUUUAUAACCCGGAGCGCUGACCCAGUGGCUAGUGAAGAGCUGGCUGGCUGUGCCUGACAGCUCUGAACUCCUGAGUGGCUGCUGACGCUGGCAGGCUGGUGUUCUACUUGAAAGCAGUUUUGCCUCAUUUAGAGUACACGGAGCUGUUGCAAGUGCCUAUCACAGUGUGCCCUGGCUUUCUGUUGUUUGUAGUUCAAUAGUUGUUAUGUUUGUUUAGAAAAAAAAACCCUGUCUGAGGGUGGAUCUCCCUCUUCCCCUCCCUCCCAGUAUUUCCUGGAAGCUGUUUGUGUGCUUGUUUGGUCCUGUAUCUGACAGUGUUCAUAUUUUGGUCUGAUUUUCUCUUCACUUUUAGCUGUUAAUCCCUCCAAUAGAAUGUGAUGUGUUUUUUUUCAUUUAAGAAAGAAGUUGAUUCAGAAACUA